AAUGAAUAAAAAAAUAAAAUGAUAAAAGAAAAUAAAAGAAAAUUAAUACAGAAAAAAUAUGAAUACAACAAAAGACUAUCGACACCCAUCCACCAAUUCUACUGAUAAAAUUGAUACCGCACACAAAUGUUAUCAAUAUUGCCAACAUGAAAAUAAAAAUGAAGGUAUAACAAGAUCUUUGUCUUCAUCAAAAAUAUUGGAACACCAAACUAUGUCUGAUGAGUACUAUUUAGAUGAAAAUGAUGAAGUUACUUUUUUACUUCGAUUAAGACCAUCUCCUUCACCACCAAGUGUACGAAAAUUUCGUCGAAAUAGUGUUGAUGUUAUACCAAUAAGACGUGUAAAUAAUGCAACAACAUCCGUUUCCGGUGUGUUAGAAAACACAGAUAGUUGUUAUUCUGCAAAUAUUAAUUCACCAUCUCCGUUACCUGCAUCAUCCCCAUAUGGAUGGGAUAUUAUAGUUGAACAGCAUCAUCAUGAUGGAAUUGGGAAUAUAUUUCGAGCAUCAUCGCCAACACGUUCUUCUUUUGUUUAUUCACCACCUCCGCCACCGUUACCACCUAGAUCAUCUAUACAACCAUCUGCUCCACCAGCUCCGGUGGAGAUUAUGAAACCAUUUGGAAAUAUAAACAACAUUAUUGAAUGGCAAUCAACGUCAUCAGAUCGACCAUUUGAACAACAAUCACAACCAUAUUUAAACAAACAAGAUGCAUAUUAUAAACCAUUUGAAGAAUAUAAAAAUAUUGAAUCAUUAUACGAUUUAAAAUUAAAUGAAGUUUCACCUCUUGGUGGUACAACAACAGCAACAAACUGUAAACGAAGUAGCAUAGAUUUAAUAGAACAACAACGCAAUUCAAUAGGUACAGAUGUUACACCAAGUUACAUGUUUACAAAACCGAUUAGUUCACCAAAAAUGACACCAAAAUAUAAACAUAGUGGUGGAUUUAAUAGUGGUUCAAUAUCGAAGUUAAAUAGUGCUAUUUUACCAAUAUCACAACAAUCUAAUAUCAUGAAUUAUGGGCAGUAUAAUAGUGAUACAAAUUAUGAUCAAUGCGGAUUACCUGCAUUACCACCUCGAUCAUCAGCACAACAACAAUAUCAUAACAAUGUACCACAACAGCAUUAUAAUAUAAUGAAACCACCUAAAAGUUCAUCACCAAAACCAAUUCGACCACCAAAACCAUUCAAUUUAAUGCAAAAUAGUAUGAAUAAUUCAAAACAAACAUAUCAACAACUGAUGUUUGACGAAACUACAUCGUCAGUGGUAGAAGGAACUAAUAUUCAUAAUGUAACUAGCCAAAAUAAUUGUGCUAUGAAUAAUAAUAAUAACAACAAAAUGAUUGGACCAAACUCAAGUAAUAAUAUACAAAGAUAUGUUACACAUGACUACAACUACAAUAAUGUACAUCAAGUUGCCGAUACUACAAAUAAUAAAAAUGGUAUUGUUGUUGGCAAAGGCGUUGUCUCAUCAACAUCAGCACCAUCAGUAUCAUCAGGAUCGUUGUUAACGGAAGAGACCGUUGUAACAACAGCAGUACCAGCUUCCUUGAACAAUAUUAUUGGGGUGUUUGUCUUCCUACAUUAUUGUAAAAAAGUUUUGAAUUAUAUGCCCGGUAAUAGUAAAACAUCCUUGUAG